UUUAUUGUUUCGGUCGGCAAUAUAUAAGCCAUUCGAUCAGUCGUAAAAACCAUUGAAGCAGCCAGUAUUUAGCAGCUAACCAAAAUGAAAGUUUUCUAUGUGUUAAUGAUCUGUUCCUUUAUAUAUGUUUUUGCAACUGAUGAUGAUCCAGCCGAUAGAAAGGUUCUUGACACUACAAACAUACUGAUUUACAAACAUAUUGAUAGAAACACCAUUCGAAACAAAAUAAAACAUUUUGCUUAUCGAAGAAAUGAAUUCUCAAUGAAGGAAUUGACUUUUAUGUUUGCAAUACCUGAACAAAAUAUUGAUGGCGACCCUAUUAUUCAGCACGCAUUAGAGAUUCAAUUGCAACAAGGAGUAUUACAAGACUCAGGCUAUACUAACGAGCAGGCUACACAUGAAGCUAGUGAUCAAAUUAGUGUGUUUGGUCUUGGAGAACAACGAAGAGAUCUGUUAAAACCCUCUUUAGCUUUGUUAAUAAUCGAUAUUAUGAUGAACCCAGACUACCACGGUAUUGAUUUUGUCUUCACAUGUCGAAUCAUAGGGUUGUUCAUGAGUACAAAAUUUCCAACAUCAUACACAAAAACUGCUAUGGUUUUACCCGACGAUACUUGUGUCAUUGGUCAUGGAAGUGAUGGCAUAAAAUCAUACGCAUACCAAGGAAAAUAUAUACAUCGUGUAAACAACGAAGACCAUUCGGAUGUAGGGAAAACCAUAAAUCAUGAGUUAUGGUAAUUAAUAAUUUCUAUACUCUUUUUAAUAAAUAACACAUAAACUACAAAGUACUUCUGUUAUUAUAUUUAAAUAUUUUUUUGCGUGCCACGCGAAUAUCAAAGUUGUCAAAUAAUUCAAUAUACUUCAUAGAAGUAAUAAUAUA